AUGAAUCGACCAAACAACAAUAAUAAUUAUAAUAAUAAUAAUAAUAGGAAUAGAAAUAUAACAACUAGUGGUGGUAGUAGUAGCAGUAGUGGUUCGACACAAGGUGGUAGAGUUCCACUAGCUAGAUAUGUAAAUGAAAGAAAGAAUGAAGUACAACAAUUGAUGAGUGCCAUCAUCGUAAAAAAGAAUAACAGUAGAGCAUUUCAAUCGUUACCGAGAUAUCUAAGAAGAAGAACGAUGAGCACAAGAAUAUAUAGAGUACCACUACACAUUAGAUUUAGAGCGAGAAAAGAGAUGGAAAAGUGUGCAAAUUCAAAUAAAACAGGUCAAGUUAUCAAUACAAAGAAAGGUAAAGUACUUAGAAAAGCAAAGCGAAGACCAUCUUACUUGUUAAGAGACUACGAGCGUAGACAGAGAACCUACAAAUGGUUGGAAACACAUAUUUGGCAUGCAAAGAGAACUCAUAUGAUAAAUCUAUGGAAACAUAGAAUCGCAUUGAAAUUGAAUGUUAAAUCAUUUAGACCAACUUUUAGAGCAUCCUCCCAUUUCUCUACGAUUUAUGAUGCAUCUUAUAAUGGAUGUUUCGAACUGAUAGGUGAAAGACAAUCGAUUAUCGAUAUGUUGAAACAAAUGACUCCACCCGACUCACUGUCGAUCGGUGCCAAUCUCUAUGUCACAGGCUCACGUGAAGGCAACUCAAUGCUAUACUACCCCAAUAGAUAUCCAUUUCAUUUGAUCUCACCUAUUCAAUUCCUUUGGAAACAACAACAAGAUUAUAAUAAUAAUAAUGAUAACAACAAAAAACAAUCACAAAUAUGGAUAUGGGUACAUGCAUCAACGAUAGAUACAGUACAGAGUGUACUCGAAGAACAAUCGAAACGAUACAAUCUGCAGUUGAACUCUCUCUGUGGUGAACUACAGAGAUUCGAGUUGACCGGUCCAAAAAGCAAUGCUGUACUGCAAGCGGUUCUGCAACCAUUCGAUAGCAGCACAGGUCUGAUGGAUUACACCUCUGACAAUGCAAAAGUAUGGUAUGCUUUGAGUCAGUUGCGAUCCGCAGCUACACUACCACCCGGUACUGUUCUCUCACUUAAUGUAAUGGAUCCACGUUUAAUAUGUAAAGUUCCACCAUCGAUUGCACAUGCAGUUGGAUCAGUCUCUAAACCCUCAAUACUCAAUCAACAACAACAACAACAGCAACAACAAGAUCAGCUAAACAAUAUAAUAUUGAAUUGGAAUCAAUUCAAAGUAGCGAUAUCACCACUACAAGAUAAAGAAUCAAGACAAUCAAUGUCAGCCAACAUUGAACCUAUUUCACAAAUCUAUCAAAGACGUAAAAAUCCAUUGUCAAAAACACAAUUUAGUUCACCUUCUAUACUUUUAAUUCAAAGAGAUGGUGGUCUUAGUCGAGGUUAUGGUUCAGGUUGGGAUAUCAUAGUACCAAAGUCAUGGGGAACUUCAUUUUGGAUACCGAUGAUCUAUGCUGGUGCAUGGGCAAUCGCUCUCGAGAAUAGAGAUACCUUUUUACUUGAACAAGGUAUACCUAGCUUCCCAGGUGAUUUCCCCGACUCACAUUCAUAUAGUGAAUAUCAUAAGAUAAUGACACAAGAAACCGUUUCUAAAUACAAUAGAACUCCAAAAGGUAAAAGACCCAACUAUUUAAAUAACUGUAUCUACUUCCCAUUCGAAUUGAAUUGGCAAUGGAUUCUUAGAUAUCAAGGUGACGAUCUUCACUUCAAUAAUAAUAAUAAUAAUAAUAAUAGCAAUAAAAAUAAUAUGAAUCAAACAUCCGAUAACUCCAAGAAACAAAGAACAGAAACUACAACAUCCUCACCCUCUACAACAACUACUACUACAACAACAACAACAACAACAACAAAUAAUAUCGAAGAUAAAUCAUUACCAUUUUUUGUAUAUCGUGGUAAGCUAGCAAUGUCUCUUUUACCAAUAAAGAAACCUGUAAUGAAGAAUAAUAAAUAUGAAACAUAUACACAGAAUCAACCUAACCCAAGAGGAUUGGUAAGAGUAUCAGUUAGAAUGUAUGAUGGUGGUAAGCCAAUGACAAACUCUGUCAUCUAUGCACCGACCGAUUUUGAUUUGGAGCGUCUCAACAAUAAAUAUACACAGAAACACUAUGGUUCGAUUGAACUGGAUGUUGGACAUCCAAGUGACCCAGAGACAUUCUACAAAGAAACCAACAGAAAACCAAUUGGUUACGUCGUAAAAGGUGAGCAAUCUUUGGUUAGAGGUAUUGGAUCUGGUAUUGGAUAUUGUAGUGCCGUCUCUUUUGUAAACAUUCAUCUUAAAGCAUAUGAGAAAUCGAUUACUCCACUCGGUUUUGCAUUUAUUCAGAAUCCAACUUCAAGAAUGCUUUAUCCUGUCAUUUUAACUCUACAACCAUAA